AGAGGUUGUGGCUGCUCCGUCCCUGGAGGGCUUUGAGGGGCGAUUGGGCAGCCAUUUGUUCUGGACGGAAUAGGGUCUCCUGCCUGAACAGGGGAUGGACUAGAAGACCUCCAAGGUCCCCCCAACUCAAUUCUUCUCUUAUGGACCUGAUGUUUUCUGGGCAACAAGAUCGGACUUAUGUGUCUCUAGGCCUUUCUGGGUUGUUUUGCUUCCAUUUCUAGCUAACAACCACCGUGUUUUCCUAUCAGUGCCCCCAUCCGUGUAUUCACCAGGUUCAACUGUGCUUAUCCCAGCACUUUUUAAAAACCAGCUAUUGAAUGUUUUGACUGUUCAGUUGUAUUUAUUUCUUUAUAAAAUGUAUUGGCCACCAACCUUACCAUGACAUAACUGUGGGCGGCUUAGAGACAGAAAAUAAUACAUACACAUUAAAAUCUAAAUAAAUUGUAGGAUGAAAAAUCCAGUCUGGUUCCAAGCCAGGAGAAAGGAGCUGGAAAUAAAAUGCUUAGUGACACAGGUGCCAGUCCCAAUUGCAGUCACUAAGUGAGGACUACUUCAAUUGGGAUGUCACCAAAGGGGUUAUGGAAAGUAUUUUCUGCCUUUACUUGGAGUUCAUGGUUCCAUGGGCAUAAGUAUAGAAAUAUAGAAAUAAUAAAAAUUAUAAAAAUAGUCAAGCAUGCCUUCUAUGAUUUUGGUCACAUGCCUAACAGACAGGCUAGUGGUUUCCUAUGUACGUUUCCAUGGCCUCUGAAGACUGUUGCGGCCUGAACUUCAGCCUUACCAUCUCAACAUAUGAGCAAACAUCAAGUUGAUCAGAUUCCUGAUUAACAUUAGCGCAGAAGACAAAGAAGAUGGCAAUGAGCACUCUGGACAACUGAGGAUAACAAGCAACAUUGAACACCAAAGCAAGUCAGUCCAGAAAUCAAUAUAUCUUCCAUUUCCUUCAGAGAGCCACACAAUUCUUAAUCUUCCUCACCAAGUGAGAGGAAAACGAGAGAAAAUCAAGAAGAGAUUUCUAGCUGGGAAACGUAGAGUGUGAAAUUCAAGCAUACAUUACAUGAAAAGUCAAGGGAGAUUAUUUUUCCAUUGGGCAAAAGAGGGAAAUAUCUGGAAGUUACUGGGGAGGAAAACGUCAAUUGCAAAACCACGUAGAGCAGACAGAGUUGCAGGCCCCCUCUGGGAGGAAAGAAACGGCUUGAAUAAAAGCACUGCUAAACAAGGGAUCAUCCAUAUUUUUGCCCUCCAAAGGAAUAUGAGUUGUGGAAAAGCUCCAUAGAUGUGCAUGUUGUGGGAAAGAUAAAACUUGCAAAUCACAGUUGAUUAUGCCAGAGGGGAUCCUGACUGGAGAAACGCCAUACAAUACUCUAAAUGUGGCAAAACCUCUGAUCAGAAAACCUCCAUUGUGGUUCUUGGAAGGACCCACACAGGAGAGAAGCCCUACAAGUGCUUUAGCAGUAAAUGCUUUAGCAAGUAUGGCAACGUGGACUCACACCAAAGAGAAACUGUUUGAAUGUCCUGAUUGUGAGAAAUGUUUCUGCGAUAAUUCCAACCUGGUCAUACACCAGAGGAUUCACACAGGCAAGAAGCCCUUUAAAUGUCCUAAUUCUGAGGAUAUUUUAAGUCAAAAUUCUUACCUCGUUUCACACCAGAGCACUCAUACAGGAGAGAAACUGUUGGAAUGUCCUAGUUCUGAGAAAAGUUUCAGUAAGAAUUCCAGCCUGGAGACAAAUGAGAGGACUCACACAGGAGAGAAACCCUUUGAGUGUCCUGAUUGUAGUAAAAGUUUCAGUAACAAUUCCACUCUAGUGAAACACCAAAGGAUUCACACACGAGAGAAAUCCUUUGAGUGUUCCGAGUGUAGGAAAAGUUUCAGUAACAAUUCCAGCCUGAUUCAACAUCAGAGGAUUCAUACAGGAGUGAAACCAUUUGAAUGUCCUGACUGUGGGAAAAGUUUCAGUCAAAAUUCCAACCUGGUUCAACACCAGAGUAUUCACACAGGAGAGAAACCCUUUGAAUGUUCUGACUGUGGUAAAAGUUUCAGUCAGAAUUCCAACCUGGUGAAACACCAAAGGAUUCACACAGGAAAAAAACACUUUGAAUGUCCUGACUGUGGGAAAAAUUUCCGUCAGAAUUCCAACCUGGUUCAACACCAGAGGACUCACACAGGAGAAAAACACUUUGAAUGUCCUGACUGUGGGAAACGUUUCCGUCAGAAUUCCAACUUGGUUCAACACCAAAGGAUUCACACAGGAGAAAAACCCUUUAAAUGUCCUGACUGUGGGAAAAGUUUCCGUCAUAAUUCCAACCUCAUCGGCCACCAGAGAAUUCACACAGGAGAGAAACCGUUUGAAUGUCCUUAUUGUGGUAAAAGUUUCAGUAACAAUUCCAGCCUGGUGAAACACCAGAGGACUCACACAGGAGAAAAACCCUUUGAAUGUCUUGACUGUGGGAAAAGUUUCCGUCAGAAUUCCAACCUGGUGACACAUCAGAGGAUUCACACAGGAGAAAAACCCUUUGAAUGUCCUGACUGUGGGAAAAGUUUCCGUCAGAAUUGCAACCUGGUUCAACACCAGAGGAUUCACACAGGAGAAAAACCCUUUAAAUGUCCUGACUGUGGAAAAAGUUUCAGUCAGAAUUCCAACCUGGUUCAACACCAGAGGACUCACACAGGAGGGAAAUUGUAUGAGUUUCGAGACUGUGGGAAAGAUCUCAGUACUAGGGUUAAUAUUAUGAAUCAUGUCCUUAUACACAAAGGGGAGAAACCAUUUUAGUGUCCUGAGUGUGGAUGGUGCUUCAGGAAAUAUUCCACCCUUAUUGCACACAGAAAAAUCCACAUGAUGGCCAAAUGAUAAGUGUAGAGAAGGCUUGAAUUUCAUUUCUGAUGUCCCAUUAUAAGUCCAGCUGAUAUAUUGGCUAUUUAAAUUGAUUAAAUUAAUUAGAAUUUGCCUGAUUUUUUUGUAGGCAAAUAUGCAAUGGUAUUAGAUGCAGCAGAGAAAAGAAAAAAUGGAACAUAUUACUUUGAUAAUGGCUAUCUUGCUUUCAGCAUAAGAAGUUGCUGGAUAUUUAUUUUUGUAGAAAUUUGGCUAUUAUAUAAAAAACUUUUUUGGAGUGUUCUUUGCAUUUUUGUGAUAGUUGAUAAUAGAAAUGCUAGGUGCCAGGAAUCCCAGCCUUUUUCUCCCUGGGGGCCCCCAAGAUUUUCAGCCUCAAAAUUCUCCAGCCAACAUUUCUUGGCGAUUGGAGCACUGAGACUAUAGUUAAAGAGAUUGUGCUUCUUCAUAUAAGGAAAAAACAAGCGGAGAAGAGACAUGAGGGCUUUUUUCCAACGUUCUUCUUUUUCUACCCUGUUUCCCCCAAAAUAAGACAUCCCCUGAUAAUAAGCCCAAUCGUGCUUUUGAGCGCAUGGCAAUAAGGCCAAGCACUUAUUUCAGGAUUAAAAAAAAAUAUUAGACAGGGUCUUAUUUUUGGGGAAACAUGAUAACAGUUCCAGGAAUUCAGUGCACCAAGCAUGUCUGUUCAGAUUGUGUCAAGAAUGAGGCACGCAAGUGGAAGAAACCGUAUGAAUAGCAAAUAUAUUGGGGGAGUUUAUAGAGUAGUGAUAAAAGCAAUGUAAAAUUUCAGAUGUAAAGGCUGUUCUGCCCUGCAGGUGACCUUCAUGUUUCAAAAGCCAGAAGAAGCAAUUCGAUUGAAACAUGUCAGUUGCUACAUAUUCCUUUUCUCCCCAGAUUUUAUUCCAUUUGUGGUACAUGCUUUAAAACUGGUUCUCCUUCAUAUGAGGGUGGCCUUGUGAUUUUAUGGACACCUUCUUUUCUUGGAAACAAUAUGGAACUCUUAUGCCAUUGCUGUCUUCUGUGAUUUUAUUUUAACCUAGCAAAGAAACACAGGAUUUCCUAGUGGUGCACCAUCCAUUUAUUAUCCUGGAAGAACUGGGCUUAACCUAGGAUUUCCUUUAAUAAUAGCUAUUUGCACCCUUUGGGAUGUUCAGUUUUAUAGACAGUCCUCGCUUACCGCUUACUACUCAGCCUUCAAAAUUACACUGGUGCUUAAAAAGUAAUUCCUCAAAGUUGUGCCCAUCACAGUUAUUUGGGGGUGGGACUGGCUUGCAAUUACGAUACUUUCGGUGUCCCAGUCUUGGAAUUGUCAUUUGGAACCUUCACAACUGGCUUCCAAUAAACAAAAUUGACAGGAAGUUGCAAGUCCCACUCAUGGUACAUUGCACUGAACAGAACACAGUGAUUCGCUUAAUGACCACACCAGUCAGGAAUGGACUUGAUUCAAAUGGUUGUUGUUAAGUGAGGACUAUGUUAAUCAGGAUGUCAUUGUGGUUGUGCAGAAUAUUUCUUGCCUUUUUUCUUACAGGCAGUCCUCAGGUUAGAACAGUUCAUUUAGUAACUCAACAGCACCGAAAAAAGUGACUGAGAGUUGGAAGGACCUUAGAGGUGGUCUAGUCCAAUCCACCGAUCAAGGCAGGAGACCCUAUUCCAUUUCAGACAAGAGACUGUCCAGUCUCUUCUUAAAAACCUCCAACCGAAACCCUGUCCUUUAAUGCUGCUGAAGUUCUUGGGAUCAUUUCAUCAAUUAACAUCCUCCCCUUGCUUUAAAGUUAGAUCAAAAAGUGUGAGUGUAUUGUAUGGAGUAAUCACGACAGACACACCCCUCCACCCAAAGAAUGAAAUAUUUUAGGGAAUAUUAAAAAGAGGCAGAAUAUUUUAUUUUCCCAAAGGAGAAAUGGAGAAAAAAAAAUACUAGCAAAGGCAGAAAGCAGCCACAACAGUUUCCAGCAGAUGCCUGAAGUUUUUAGAGAUGGAUAUUUUGUGUCCAUUAAGAAAUCUAGGCCAGCCUAUUCACAAACAAAACACCUAGAAUGCCAAUUGAUGGGAUUAAUCACAAAUUAAAAUUUGCAUUUCCCCAUCCAAAAUCUAAGGACAGGACAUAACUUUUUACUACAGGGGUCUUCAAAGUACAGCCUGUGGGAUGCAUAUGGCCUGCUGAAGCAAUGUAUUGGGCGCACGCAGUGGUGGGAUUCAGCCCUGCCCCUCGCCCCACCCCUACCAGCCAUUUCUUGCGUGGCUGGCUGUGCCACCCGCAUGGCCCCUCCUCUAGCCGUCGCCCUUAUCUUCCAAUGCACGGUAUGCUCACCGCAAAGGUAAAGGGGAGAGGGAGUAGGGGAGGGCGUGUUUCAGCCAGGUGGUCUUUGGGUCUCUGCCGACCAGUUGAUCAUUGUACGGCUCAUCAGCCUCUGGAUGUCAGAUUCCCACCAUCUAGCACCAGUUCAGGGGAUCCUUCCUCCCCCCGCCCCGGACAGACAGGGACAGACGGAGACUGAGGAAGGGAAGGAAGGAUGAUAGGAAGGAAGACAAGACUUGGGGGUUGUGGUAAAAACUGUAGUUCAGUAAUAAGGAUGUGAUGGCCCUCCAGUGGUUACUGCACUAGACUCCCAUCAUUCCUGACUAUUAGUUGUGCUGUUAAAAAAAUCCAGUGCCACCAGGGAGAAGUCAAGUUGUGAGUGAUUGAAAUUCCUCACACUGAAGCUAAGUGAUGAUAGGUCAUAACAGAGGUAUGUAUUCUCCCUGACAUAUUUUCUUGUUAUGUGCCCUAUGAUUUAAAUUUCAGAUAAAUGUAUUUCUCUGCUGUCGUCUUGUUAAUUCAGCGAGCUAUCUCAGGGCACUGCCGGGGUUGACGGGAAUCCUGCAGAAAGUGCCUCAGGAGCCAGUCUCAUCUCUGUACCCAUCAAGCAUUCCAUGUCCUGGUUUCUCUUCCCCACCCCCAUUUGCUCUUGUAGCACACUUUUCUUUCCUUCGAUAUAACAGGUAAAAGUCUCUGAACGUACCUGAGAGCUAAACUUUUUUUUUUUGCAAAAAGUUUUUUAUUUUUUAAACAAAAACAACAUAAAACCAUCAACCUUCCAAACACUUACAGACAGUAUUUUGAUCAGUGAAAAUCAUUUCGUGCUCUCAAAAUUUUCAAACUCAUUAUAUAACAGAUAUUCUCUAAUAAAAAACAAGUGCUUAAACAUUUUAUCCAAAUUUCAUUUCAUAUAUAAUAUUUCAUCUCCAUGCUUUAUUAUCUAUCCAUUGAUAAAAUAGCUCCCAUAUCAAAUAAUAUUGUUUAUCUUCCUGUUCUCAUAUUUCAAAUGUCAAUCUACUCAUUUCGGCACAGUCCAACAUUUUCUUAAUAAUUUCUUCAUCAGUAAUCAUCUUCUCUCCUUUCCAUUUUUUUGCAAAUACAAUUCUAGCCGCUGUUAAAAUAUUCACAAUUAAAUAUUAUAAUUCUUUGUUAAAUGUCUCUGGUAAGAUCCCUAAUAAAAACAUCUCUGGUUUAAGAUCAA